UAUUAAUGAGAAUUUCACAAGUAAUCAUGUUUUCAAUGCAACGAAGACUCCUUGGGUAGAUUCAACAAUCAACACAAGUCCUGAAGAUGGAUUCACAAUGAAUGGUAGACCACACUUCGUUGUUAGGAAAAAUGAAACUGAUUGAUGAGUUCAUGAUAAGUGCUGAUAGCUAUGGAACAGAGAACAAUAGUAUCGAAACUGAAAACAAUGGUCUAACAGAAAAUGAUAGUUUCACAGAACCGACUAUCUUGGACCACAGUUGGACAAACAAUAAUGUGUCAAACAGCAGUCUAGCCGAUUUAGGAAUUAUAAAACCAGAACUGCUUAAGUCUCAAAUGGUCAUCCACAUGACCAUCGAAUGCAUCAUCAUGGUUGCAAUCUGUGGUGGGAAUAUUGUUGUCCUCAUUAGUAUAGGGGUAUACAAGAGUUUGCAUACUGUGAACAACAUGUUCCUGGUGAGUCUUGCGAUGGGGGAUCUGCUCAUGGGUGUGCUGGGCUCCCCAAUGUCUAUCAUAACCCUAUAUGUCACUCCUCUUCUCUAUGGGACUCAUAUACAGGACAAGUAUCUCUGUGCCACCAGGCUCUUCAGUAUGGUUAGCUCAGUAGGGAUAUCCGUUUACAGCAUGGUUGGCAUCGCAAUUGACCGUUACACUGCCGUUGUGCGUCCAUUGAGGUACCGUGAAUUGGUGACACGCUCCAAGGUUUUCUCCUACAUUCUAUUCGUUUGGGUUUACGUCAUUGUAGGCUCAGCCUUUAUCUUCUACAAAGAUGUCAUAUUUUUCGAAUCUGGAGAAAUCUGCCGUUCUAAUCUUGUGAUGGACCAAGAUUACUCGACGUUUCUGAAGGUUAACCUCUUGGUGGCAUUUAUAAUCAGUACCGUGGCUCACUUUACAGUUGCGGUGGUGGCUACAAAGCAUAAGGCACGCAUCACAACUGAGCUAGCUCAAUUUAACAACAACCUUGCUGUUGCAUAUCGCAAAGAAAGUAAAAUUACCACGACCAUGACUGUAAUCGUUGGAGUUUUCAUGUUGUGUUGGCUGCCAUGGACUAUCUCCUCAAUGAUAAAUUGGCAGGAAGAACCACAAUGGUUUACAUCUCUUCGCUAUUAUAUGGUGGAACUUCACGUUGCAAACAGUGCUCUUAAUCCCUUGAUUUAUGCAUACAGGCUGAAGCCAAUGAGAAAAGCCAUGGGACGCAUUAUCAGGUUUGAUUACAAAGGUACAAUAAGUGAGAGCUAGAUUGUAUAAAUCAUAAUGAAAAAAAAUGUGGGAAUCAUCUCUGAAUGAAUGACAAAAUGAUAAAUCACAGUUCUAAAUGAAAAAAAGUAACCUCAAUUCUUAAAAUCAUUAUUACGUUAUUACAAGUAUUUACAAUAUUUUGACUCUGCAAAAUAGACCAAAACAAAUAGUAGAUAAAUUUUUCAAGUCUUGACCCACCAAACAGCCGUCAUAGAGCAAAUGUGACUGAGGCUUAAUUCACACAUAUCUAGGCAUCACAUUCUGGCCAAUAAGAACAUGGUAUAGAGAUUCUAUAUUUCACAAUGGAUGAAUGGUUAAUGAGGGAAAACUGUAAUGAGAGGAAAAACAUUGAACAAAAACUAAAUACUGGUAGUAUCAUAUAAUGAAAGGUUGACCACUCAAUAAGUUUCUGGUUGAAUUUUAUUCUUUUUAAUGAUGUGUGAAAAUAAUUUAUGCAUGGAUUCAAUAAAGUGUGGGUGAUAUGCACUUAUUUCUUGUAUGCUAGCUUUUGAACUCCUUCUCCAAUUCUCAUUUAAAGUCUUAUAAAAGAACCCAAAACAAAAUAAAGUCUUAUAAAAGAACCCAAAACAAAAAAAAUAUCUCAAAUCAAUUGAGUCAUGUGCUAAAAUCCUUUAAUAGAGAAUAAUUAAUACACAAUUUGAUUGGCGAGUAUAUAGGGCCUGUG